UCUGAGAUUUUAUGUGAUUUAUUUUGUAUAAUUUCAAGUGGUAAAUUACUUAUAAACAGGUUGAUCACUGUACUUGUAGUUGGAGUAAUUCUUAUUUCUGUUUUGUGCAAUAUGUCAGAACAAGAAUGCAAAACUAGAAAACGUAAAGCUAAUGUUAAACCAGAUGACUUAGAAAAUCAAUCUGAUGAUGAAAAGAAGCAAAAAAAGCCAGCUCCGAGAUUUAUCAAGUCCUGGUCAGCCCUUAAAAUAUCUAUGCAAGUUAUUGGUGCAGUUUUAAGUUUGUCGUUAUUAUAUGUAGUGAUUGUACCUUGUCCGAUUGACCCAGUUCCAGUUAUAACUCCAGGAUCUUUACCUUACUUUGAAGGAGUUAUGGAAGAAAAUAACUUACUGGAAGGCAUAGUAAAAAUAGGUGAAGGAAAGCUACAAGGUCCUGAAUCUAUUCAAGUAGAUCGUAAUGGUGACGUUUAUACAGGCUUGCAUGAUGGAAGAAUCGUCAAAAUUUUGAAGUCAGGUGAAAUAAAAGAAUUAGCAAGGACUGGUGAAAAUCAUAAAAAUUGUGGAGAAGAUACAAUGGAACACAUUUGUGGUAGGCCAUUGGGCAUUCAAUUUGACAAAAAAGAGGAAAACUUAUUUAUAUGCGAUGGCUACUUUGGGUUGAUGAGUCUUAAUUUAGCUUCUGAAAGACUUACUACACUUGUCCCUGCAUCCAAGGGAAUAAAAAAUGUCCCAUUUAAAUUUCUCAAUCAUUUAACAGUUGCAAGCAAUGGAAAAAUCUAUUUUACAGAUUCCAGUUGGCGUUGGGAUCGCAAAUCCUAUGCUUACAUGCUUCUUGAAGGUGGUGGGAAAGGGCGUGUUUUGUCUUAUGACACUAAAACAGGUGAAACAGAGUUGUUGCUGAGUGGUUUAUUUUUUCCCAAUGGUAUUACUUUGUCGCCAGAUGAGGAUUUUCUCCUAAUUUGUGAAACAGCUUCAAGUAGAAUUCUUAGACUUUUUAUAAGUGGUUCCCAAAAAGGAAUUUAUGAUGUUUUUCAAGACAACCUUCCUGGAUUCCCAGACAACAUUAGAACAUCUCUUGAAGGUGGUUAUUGGGUAGCUUUACCAGGCAUAAGAAAGUGGCCUUUUAGUUUUCUUGACAUUGUUGGUCCAUAUCCUAAAAUUAAGUCUCUAAUUGCAAAGCUCGUUCCUAAAGUUCAUAUUGACGGUUUCCUGAAACCCUAUGGACUUUUUAUCAAAAUUGAUGAGUACGGUGAUAUAAUAAAAAGUUAUCACGAUCCAUCUGGAGCAACGAUUGGAUUUAUUAGCGAAGUUUUUGAAGAUAAAGGAGUGUUAUAUUUAGGUUCAUUUAAAAAUAAUUUUAUGGGAAAAUUUCGAAUUUAGAGUAUUAGCUUAACAUUAGAUAUUUUAUAUAUUUCAUAUUUACAGAAUUUUAUAUUUAAAAUGAGUUUUUUACUUUUUUUCUUUUACUUUUUAUUUUUUAUUUUUGCAAUUCAAAUUUGUAAUUCAAAUUUUCAUGUCAUAAAAAGGUAGUUUUUAAAACAUUUCACUUGAGUUGGAGAUUUUCUUCAAGAUCACUUAAAGAUUUAUGAAAGUUCAUCAAGCGAUAAAUAUCAAAUUAAUAUUAAGUA